AUGGAGUGGGAGGGACUUCGGGAUAUCGUAGAUCCCAUCCUUGAAGCCCUGAACUUAAAAGUUAAUCGGCACAGCAUUGUUAAAACCAUUCAACAAACAAGUGAGGCGAUUGUUGAAUUGAUUACGGCUGAGGUGGAAGGCCAACUCCUCAGUAUGAAAUUCGACUGUACUUCAAAGAUGAACAGAAGUGUGAUGGGAUAUUAUUUCAGUUUUGGUUUAUUUUUAGGUGUCGUUGAGUUGACCGAGCGUCACACGGCUGAUUACUUGAAAAGAGAAUUACUAAAACUCGGCCAAACAUUCCGUAUCCAAUCAUGGCAGUGGUACUCGGCGACAAUCGACAACGCCACAAAUGGCAUAAAAGCAGUCGAUCUCAUACAGGAAAAGCAAAUAGACGACGUUUGUGAACAAUUUUUCUGUAAUAGCGACGAAGGUACAGAAGGCGAAGAUGGCGGUGAAGAUGGCACUGAAGACAACCUGGACGAAAUCGUUGCGAUGUGUAUGAAGAAUUUAGAAAUCAACCAGAUCGAGUGUGUGCGGUGUGGAGCCCAUACACUCAAUCUGGUUGUUGCAGAUGCAACAAAAAUAGCGGAAGCUGAAUUGAAGGCUGUCACUAAAAUAGUUAAAGCGUAUCGAAAAGCGGAAUACCAAACGAGCUUUAAAUACUCUGGGGUUGCCAUGCCCCCGAUUCCAAACCAGAUAAGAUGGAACCACUAUUUUUUGAUGCUCAGGGAACUCAUCAAAAAUCGUGAAUUUUUCGCCGGGUUGGGUGUAAAGCACCCCAUGCUAGAUCUCUCUGGUAGUUGGAAGGUUGUCGACGAUUAUCACGAAGCCUUUGCACCGUUGUACGAUGCCACAAUAGCCGCACAAAAAAACGACUGCGUAAUAAGCCAGUUCCACCUAGAAUGGCUCAAAGCUUAUGGUCGAGUAAUGAAACUUGGAGACAACCGCUUCAGGACUCCCAUUUUGCAAUCCAUGCAGAAACGACAAAAGACUCUAAUGAGCAGCAUGCCUUAUAAAGCUGCACUCUUCAUGGACCCGCGUUUGAACUUCAAUGGUUCCGAGCUGUUUUUAAACCCUGAAAAGCAGAAAAUUGUGGUAAAUACAUAUCUUUUUAAAACUUCUGCUAUUCGCUGAAAUCAUAAAUAGUCGGUGUGUAGAUCAACCGAAACGAGCACCAAAACAAUUUUACCAAAAACAAUAGUAUUCUAAGUUUAACCACACCAUAUGCUUUAUGCAAGCUGCUACAUGGUUUUUUUAUUAUGUCAUUAGGGACUAUUCCAAUCAUUUCGAUUUUGCACGAAAGAUAAUUUCCACACGCCCUGGUUUAAAAAAUGUAUUAAAAAUGGUGCUUGGUUCGGUUUGGUCGCAUCUCAACCAAUUGUGCAUUGGGCUUAUAACUUUAUACUGCCGGUAAUCACAACUCAGUUUAUUUUAUUUGGGUCUUCUGUUUAUAUAGGACUGAUUCUCGGUGACCAGUAUACAUAGGACAAUAAUGCGACUACCAUGGGUAAAGGCUGACAUUGUUAUGAUGCAGUUAACCUCCGCCAACUCAGUAUUCUCAAUUUUUCCGUGCUCCCUUUAGUAUUGAAUCAAUAGGUUACAUACUUUUAUUUAUUUUUUAGUACGUUGCAGUACGUUCUAUUGUAUUAGAGUUUUAAUUUUUCAAUAGUACAGUUGCAAACAACAAAAAAGUGCGUUUAGAAAAAAUGACAAUUUUUAGUUCUCUGAAAUAAUUUUUUGGAGGUAAGUUUUCAAGUAUAGCCCUUAAGGCCGUGAACUUUCUCCCUAUCGCUCAAAUCUCUAUUAAAGUUUGGGUAAAAGUUUUCAAGAAGUUGUACUAUAGAAUAGACCAACUAUUUUUAUUUCGAUGUUUUGAAUAUGAAAAAAUACGUAGCUCUUCAAAGAAUAUUAAACAAAAAAUUAAUUUCCAAAAUCUGAGGCUAGAUUAAGUUUGGUUAACCUACAUAUUAUUUUAAGAUUUCUCGUACUUAAUGACCAAUAUUCAUUAAUUCAUUGCGACUGUUUUUAGGAAUUUCUGGAGAACUUAUUCAAACGACUCGAGCAACAUGAGCAACCUACAAUACCGGUUGUUGCAGGAACCUCGCAAACAAAUACGGACGAGUUCGACAUGGACGAGUUUAUUACAACGAUAUUUGGAGAAGAAUCGAGCUCUGCCGUUGGCGUUGAGCAGACUGCUGUCUCGCAGUUAAUCAGGAAUAUACAGUACCAAAAAAGAGUUCAAGCAACUGAUCCGAAUUUUAAUGUCAUUCACUACUGGUUUGCUAAAAAAAUAGAAGAAGAGCGUAUAUGGCAAAUCGCUCGAGUUGUGUAUUCUGCAGCUUCAACACAAGCGGAUAUCGAGCGCGAUUUUUCGCGGUAUAAUAACGUGUAUACCCCGAUGAGAAACAGACUUUCUGGAGGUAACAUUGAGAACGUGCUGCGAGUCAAGCUUAACCGUGACCUUUUGCCAACUGCACUUACCAGUAUACUACCAAAGGACAGUGCAACUGAAUGUUCGGCCAAUGCUUCUAAUGCUCAACUUUCUGCUAUCAACUGUACCCAGUAGCGCUAUUGCCGUAUUUUGGCCUAAUAUGUUUCAUUUAAAGUGUAUCGUUAUCUCACAGAAAUACUCCCAAGCUCGCUCACAUACAUACACACACACACAU